UCUUCUGUUGCGAACGCCGUCCAUCGGAGAUAGCUUUAUCGAGAGCGCCACCUAGCGGCCAGCAGCCCGCACAGGGGAUGAUUACUUUUGUAAUAGAAUUCCAAUGAUUGGCUUCAGGCGAGCACACACAGAACACGUCCACAUUGCGCUCUCCUGAACAGGCUGUGAACGGUAUCUUUCUAUUCCAUGCACACAGUCGGAGCAUUCAGCUAAAAGGGAUAAGCAACCAGGGGGCGAUUCCUCUCCAGAUUGCUCACAAGUCAAUGCCCGGUAAAGCCAAGACUGCACCACCGGUUCUAGAGAUGCAGACAAGUAAAGAUCGUCUUUGGGGUUGAAAAGAAAAAACUACUUUUCGGUGGACAUUGCACGUCGGUUCGACAAUUAAAAGAUGUCGGCACUGAGGAGGAAAUUUGGUGAAGAAUACCAUGUCGUAACGACCACCGUAGGAGGGGGGUUCUUCCCUUCGGUCAAAAGAAAAAGACAGAGGUUUGUGGACAAGAACGGACGAUGCAACGUUCAACAUUUUGGUGGCGAGACCAGCCGGUACCUGUCCGACCUGUUCACCACCUUGGUGGACCUGAAAUGGAGAUGGAACCUGCUGAUAUUCAUUUUGACCUACACGGUGGCUUGGUUGGUCAUGGCUUCCAUGUGGUGGAUUAUUGCCUAUAUCCGAGGUGACAUUAACAGACCUCACGAUGACAACUACACCCCCUGUGUGGCCAACGUCUACAACUUCCCCUCCGCGUUCCUCUUCUUUAUAGAGACAGAAGCCACCAUCGGGUACGGUUUCAGGUACAUCACCGAGAAAUGCCCCGAAGGGAUCAUACUCUUUUUGUUUCAGUCCUUGCUGGGAUCUAUCGUGGACGCUUUCCUAAUAGGCUGCAUGUUCAUAAAGAUGUCACAGCCGAAGAAGAGGGCAGAGACUCUGAUGUUCAGCCAGAGCGCCGUCAUUUCCCAACGUGACGGGAAAUUGUGUUUGAUGUUCCGAGUGGGCAACUUAAGAAAUAGCCAUAUGGUCUCUGCUCAGAUAAGAUGCAAGCUUAUAAAGUCCAGACAGACCCCAGAAGGUGAAUUCCUGCCGCUUGACCAACGUGAGCUGGAUGUGGGAUUUGGAACCGGAGCGGAUCAGCUGUUCCUGGUUUCUCCGCUAACUAUCUGCCACGAGAUCAACUGCCGGAGCCCGUUCUUUGAUCUGUCCCAGAAAUCACUGCGGAGCGAGCAGUUCGAGAUAGUUGUCAUUCUGGAAGGCAUCGUCGAAACCACAGGAAUGACGUGCCAAGCGAGAACAUCUUACACAGAGGACGAAGUGCUUUGGGGACACAGAUUCCUUCCGGUCAUGUCUCUAGAGGAAGGCUUUUUUCGAGUAGACUACUCCCAGUUUCACGCUACCUUCGAAGUCCCGACCCCCUACUAUAGCGUAAAGGAACAAGAGGAGAAACAAUCCCCCAGCUCCCCUCUAAACUCUCUGUGCAGUGAUAAAUAUCACCGAGAAAGGGUCUGCUCUCUAGACUACCUCAACGUCUUCGAAGUCGGUAGCAGUCUACUUCCCACCAAGCUCCAAAAACUGGGCCGGGGCAAUGACCAAACCCAAGGGAAACUCCUACGAAUGUGCAGCCCUAGUGUGGAGAGAGCGUGCAGCACCGGGGAUCUGCCACUAAAGAUACAGCGGAUCACGGUUUCCACGUGCGAAGACAGUGCGGAGAGUACGCCGCUGAAAUACUUCAAGGUCAAACCCGAGUGUAUGACCCAAUCUACGGGAAACCUCCAGCUCCAGAAGAAGACGCAGGGCAUGAUGACCCUCGGGACAAUGCUGGAUAGUAACCUACCCGCCAAGCUGAGGAAAAUGAAUUCUGGCUGCAUCAGCUAAAUCUAUAGGAACCGAAGUUUGUGGAGUGGAGACAAAAACUUUAAAAAAAAAUUAUAAAUGGCCUUAAACUUUGUGACGAGAAGAGACUUUCACUGUUCUACUAGAUUUUUUUGUCAUAAAACCAUCGUUUUCAACAUUAAAGGGGUAUUCCAGGAAAAAACUUUUUUAUAUAUAU